GGUCACCUGAUCUGACAAGGGGUUAAUUGGGGUCACAGUAAACGCCGAAUCGAAACACUCCAUCAACAACACAGGUCCGCAAAAUCACUGCCAGGGUCAGUACCUAGUUGCUUUGGGUGUAAUGGUAGCCUUCUAACCUGCAGACAUACUCAUACCAGAAGACUUAACAUGAAGGCUACCCACCAUUGCAACGUGUUCAAUAUUUUAACUUUCAUGGUUUUACUGAAGUCUGCAGCUUUAACCCGAGAAGAGAAUGCUGGGGAACGGCCUUCGUCUCUGCUCAAUCACGUUUUAUCUGAACGGAUGAAUCAACCGCAAAGAACUAUGAUCAAGAGGCAGGCGAAUGAUCCAAACCUACAGUACAUGAUGAGUCUGUAUUCUAGAGCAGCGGAUCUGGACGGGAGGCCCAGGGAGAACAGAACCGUGGGAGCAAACACGGUGAGACUGGUCAAGUCAUCUACAACAGAUACGCGGUACAGAGCAGGCACAGAUCCCUGGUGUAUGCAUACUGUUGAAUACAAGCUGAAAAUCCUUCCAACAGAGAAAAUGGUGAAGGCAGCCAUUGUCCAUUCCCGACCGCAGUCUUCUCUCCACCGCCAGGUUACCUGCCAGCUCAAGUUACUGUCUGAAGAUCCACCCGUUAAGGACGAGCCUACCACAGCUCAGAAAGACGGAUGGGUCGUCUCGUUCAAGCCAGAAGACAAGUGGGUGGAGACGGACAUCACCUCCCACAUAGCUGCGCCCGGUGACUGUCUCGGAGGAAGACUAUCUCUGUGUAUACAGUACUCUUGUACCGAAGCAGGAAGAACGAGACGCGCUUCCAGGGUUAAGAAGAAGCUCCGAUCAUCUUGCCUGCAGGUUCCGGCCUUGCUGCUUUACCUUAACGACAGUCAAAAGACUAAUGGGCAGAGUCUCACCAGCAACCAGAAGGAGGUGCUUCACCAGGAGAAAGAUCACCUGCUCUCCAGGAGAACCAGACAGCUGAGCAACAUCGGCUCAGACAUCCCCAAUUACCUGCACAAGAACAACAUAAAGAGAAAUGAAUGCAAGCUCCAUAUGUUCAGGGUGAGCUUUCACCAGUUAGGGUGGGAACACUGGAUCAUAGCCCCCCACAACUACAACCCGAAGUACUGCAAGGGCGACUGCCCCCGGAUCCUUCAGUAUGGUUACAACUCACCCAACCACGCCAUCGUCCAGAACUUUAUUAACGAACUGGUGGACAGUGGAGUCCCCCGGCCCUCCUGCGUCCCCUACAAGUACAAGCCCAUCAGUGUGCUGAUGAUGGAGCAGAAUGGCAACAUCGUCUACAAAGAGUAUGAAGACAUGAUUGCAGAGUCCUGCACUUGCAGAUAAUGGGACACUAGGAAUGAAGGCUAAAACUAUGAUUCUUUGAAACGUCAUCCCGCUUCCCUUUCCUUCUCCACUCACAAUGAAAUCUGUCUUUUUAAACAAUGUACUUGAAUCCUUUGCUUCCCCAAGUUUGUCGUGUUUAGAUCUGCACUCAAUCAAAGUUACAGCACCAUUGUAGCCAUACUAGUAGUACAGCAGUGCUGCAGGUACAGUGGCUGACCGUUUUUGCUGUAAUCCAGGCUUAAACAGUGCUUGCAUUUAUGAAGGAGACCAUUCUUGAUCAUUUUUAAUUAAUCCAAGUGUUGAGGGGGAAUCAGAGAGGGAUGCCGUUUUUUUUUUCUUCCAAAUAGCAUUUCUUGCACAUUCUCUCUAUCAAGGGACUGUCUCUUUGAGAAAGCCCGUGACAGUUUCAAAGGUGGAAAAGUUUUCUGGGAAAGUGCAAUACUUUGUGUAUAAAGUUAUUUUUGCACAGCUUUUACUGGCUUCUUGUUCUACUUUGCACAAAUUGUAUGUCUUCAAAAGUCUUUAGGAAUAGACUAAAUUUAAAUAAAGGGAUUUUUUUCUGAAGGCUUUAGCAAUAGCAGUUCUGUGAGUCUUGGUCUGUAUGACUGACAUUGAUGUAGAAAGAUUCUAUUUAUAAAUGUAUUAAAAUAUUGAUUUGUAUUUACACUUGUCAUCAUAAAUCAACUUCUUCAAAAGUGUUUGUUUUUUUGGCAACUUUGAUUUCUUCAGUGUUGACAGUGUGACUUUUACAGUGAAACACAUUCCCUUUUAAAUUUGGGGAGAAGGUUAUGUGAAUAUCGCCUGUGCUGUGAUUUAUUUUUGAUGUUGGCCAGUUAAUAUUUUUAAAGCUCUGAAUAUGUAUAGCUCUUAAACUGAGACCUUUGCACUGAAUUGAAGUAUUCUAUAUGUUAGUCUCAUCAACUCCUAUUGCCUGGUGGUCACGUCAUUUAGCCUGUUACUGUAAAUUGAAAUUUCCAAUCCAAGUAGUCUGCUCCAAAUUCAAGAGGAUAAUCAGCUUUAUAAUUGAGACAAAAAUCAAUACUGACCCCCCUGCCAAUGUUCUUUCAUUUUUUUGUAUUGAUUUAUUCAUUUAUGAUU